AUGCGGGUCGCUCUUCUAUCCUCCUUGGUAGCUUUCACUGUCACAACUACAGCCAUUCUCGUUACGUAUCCGCCAAAGGGCGAGAAGAUUGACUGGAGCAAGCCAGUUACAAUCAAGUGGGAUUCGGUGGAGACCGACCCUGCCACCUUUGAUCUUUAUCUUGUCAAUCAAGCUGUCAAUCCUAGUGUCUCUACUCUUGUCGCUUCCGACGUGGACGCUAGCAAAGGAUCUUAUACCAUCAAAGCCAACAACCGGGAUCUCACUGCCUCUGAUACUGGCGGCGGCUACCAGAUCGACCUCAAGGCCAGUAGCGGCGAUGGCAUUCUCGCUCAGUCACAGCAAUUCAAAUGGAUCUUUGUCUACCUCUGCUUUGGCGACUUCUUCUUCCAUGCUUUUCACUUCCCCGGAGGCAUCGACUACUGCCAGUACUACUGCUUCGACGUCUGCUUCCUUGACUUUUUCGUCGACUGCUUCUUCCUCUUCUCCGACUACUACUCACUCCUCCACCAUUGCGUCUACCCUCACCACUGCUUCUUCAUCUAUUACUACAUCCACUUCUGCUUCUACCUCUACUUCAUCUUCUAUGACGACUUCUUCUACCAGUGCGUCUACCCAAAGUUCCUCUUCUUUGUCUACCCUUUCUACCGUACCAAAAUCCACUUCGACUCUUUCAACACUCAGUACUUCUUCCUCGAGUUCUAUCUCGAGUACAUCCACAUCAUCAAAAACUACCCAUUCCAGCACUACUACAAAGACUCAUUAUUCUACUUCUUCAGCCCCUACAUCAAAAUCAACAUCUACUUCUACAUUGUCCACCUCUACUUCCACCUCCCAUUCUACUACGACUACCCAUACCAAAACACAAUCCUCCACUUCCUCCACAAGCACCAAGACAACUUCUACAUCCACUUCCACUUCCACAAAGACGACCAUGUCCACUACUCAGCAUACCAAGACAAUGGAAACUACCUCUACCGCUUCGGCAUCUACCACCUCCAAUGCUGCUGGUUUGCUCAUCCCUCCUAG